UGGCCCUAAUUCAGAAAUCUCCGAUGAAAAACUUCGAAUGUUGUGCUUAGCACGCAAUUUUAUCAGUGCUAUUAGCAUGGGAUUAAGUGAGGUCAAACAUGUGGUUGCAGAACAAGUUCUUGAUGUAGCAACUAUCACGAUUCAAAAUACUAUUGUGCAUAAAUUAAUUGAUCAUGCAAUUAUGGAAAUAGAGAGUAAUGCAUUUUCAAAAAUUGCUAACAGCUAUACAGAUAAAAUUUUCCUAGAUAGGCGAAUUGGUCACGGACAGAUGGAAACUAAAUGGGUAAUUGAUUCGGUGUCUAGAACUAUUCGCGUGCAAGGCGGGCCAGUAUUUUAUUUGAGUCAGUAUUAUAAAGAGUUGGUUGAUG